AUGGAUAACGACGUAUCUAAUUAUUCUGUAAUUGGAAGAAUUGGAGAAGGUGCUCAUGGAUUGGUUUUCAAAGCGCAACAUCUUCCAACAGGUCGAUAUGUAGCGCUGAAGAAAAUCCUGAUCAAAAACAUAGAAGACGGGAUUCCAGUGAACGUAAUGAGAGAGAUCAAAGCAUUGCAGUUACUCCGGUGUAAAUACGUAAUAAAGCUCUAUAACAUGUUUCCCCGCGGCAUGAGUCUAGUGCUGGUGUUGGAAUACAUGACCGGCGGUCUUUGGGACAUGCUGCAUCAUAACCAGCAGGAAUUGACGUUACCACGUGUCAAAACCUACGUGCAAAUGUUACUCAAGGGAAUAAGAUACAUGCACGCACAUUAUGUUAUGCACAGGGACCUCAAACCAGCCAAUCUCCUAAUAAAUCAUGAAGGAAUUCUGAAAAUAGCUGAUUUAGGAUUGGCCAGACUUUACUGGCCUGACGGUGGUCGACCCUACUCGCAUCAAGUUGCAACACGUUGGUACAGAGCCCCAGAACUAUUGUAUGGAGCAAGAUUUUACACCGAAAAAGUUGACUUGUGGUCAGUAGGUUGCAUUAUCGCAGAAUUGAUUACCAAACAACCGCUCUUUGCCGGAGAAUCCGACAUCGAACAGCUAGCAAUAGUCCUUCGCCACUUAGGCACGCCCACAGAAGAAAGUUGGCCUGGGCACACAGACCUACCAGAUUUUCAUAAAAUAAGCUUCCCCGAGUCGACCGGUACGCCGUGGCCAGAACUAUUGCCUGGAGCUGACCCUGACGCUAUCAAUCUUGUGAAGUUUUUCGUGUUGUAUGAUGACAAGAAAAGACAAUCAGCCAAAGAGGCACUGAAGCAUCAUUGGUUUAAAAUUAGACCCCUGCCAGCGUCUCUACAGGAAAUGCCAAAGCCACAAUUAAAUGCACAUAAACAAAAAUGAGGACAUCAUUAAUCUUAAAAUGCAUAUUUUAUUUUCAAAUAACUUAAACGUAACGUGUGUGUACCUAAAGUAGCUAAUUAAAUUAUAAUAAUUACAAUACCAUGUUGUACUUUAAGCCUUAUGUACAUUUGAGCCUACACGUUUUGUAGCGAAAAAUAUUAUCAUAUAUAUCAUUUUUCUCCAUACUUAAGCUGCUUGAACCAAAACAUGAAUUUCAUAUAAUAUAUUCUAAUAUUCUCCAAUCCGAGCGCUAACUACAGAUCAAAAGCCUGUCAGGAUGUGCAUUUAUUUAAAAAAAAAAGAAAUUGAUUUUAUUUAUUGCGAAAUCAAUAAAAGACUAAUAUAACAGGUUGGAAUCAAACAACUAAUAUCAUCAUAACUAAAAUAAUAAAUGAAAUUUCACAUUAAAAAAUUGAUGACAAACAUCAAAUUACACCAACAUGAUAAG